AUGAAAAAGCCAGGUGGCCAAGCAGCAUUCGCUCCGGACGUAGAGGAAUACCUCAUACAAUAUAUAAAUAUAUGUUCUGAAUGGGGAUAUCCCCUUGAAACAAUAGACUUCCGAUUAUUAAUAAAAGGAUACUUAGAAAAUUUAGGAUUAGAGAUAAAAAGAUUCAAAAAUAAUAUGCCUGGUCCUGACUACAUAAAAUCUUUUUUGAAACGACAUAAACUUACAAUUACCAGUAGAUUGAGCAAAAAUAUAAAACGUUCAAGAGCAGCAGUUUCGCCAGAGGUGAUAAAGGCAUAUUUCGAUGAACUAGAAAUAUCACUACAAGGAAUUCCUUUAGGUAACAUUGUCAACUAUGAUGAAACUAAUUUGGUUGAUGACCCCGGUAGAAAAAGAGUUUUAGUUAAAAGGAGUGUCAAGUAUCCAGAGCGCAUUAUGAAUCACACAAAAGUUUCAACCUCUAUUAUGAUGGCUGCAGCUGCAAAUGGAACCUUACUGCCACCAUUUGUGGUAUAUAAGGCACAACAUGUCUAUGAUACAUGGAGACAAAAUGGCCCAAAAGGUUCUCGUUAUAAUAGUACCAGUUCUGGUUGGUUUGAUGGAUUCACAUUUGAAGACUGGGUGAGGACUAUUGUAUUCGAUUAUUUUGAAGAUAAAACUGGUACGAAAAUUCUUAUAGGUGAUAAUCUCGCCUCUCACCUUUCAAUAGAAAUAAUAAAGGAAUGUGAAACACAUAGAUUGCCAAAUAUUCAUCCAGAAGCCAGAAAUGAAAACUUCAAAGAUUCAAUUGAUCAAACGGUUCUUUCUAUGCUCAAAGAAAUGAGAAGUGUAGAAAAUGUAAUCUUGAGAGAAGAAUCAGAAAAGCUUUAUAAAACAAAUGAAUCAUGUGACGAUGAGAGUAAUACAGAAGAAAUUCUGGAUAAUAAUUUAAACAUAUUAGAAAGAACUGGCCUCAGCAACGUCAGAAAAGCUGAUAAAACUGAAAACGAAAAAGCUCCAAGUCAAGAACUGAAGAAGUAA